UCUUUAUCUUUUGUGCUGUUUUAUCUGACAUUGAUUCUCUUUACUGCAUCUGCUAAGUGUGAAUUUAUCAGCUUAAUGAUUUUCUAGCAGGUGACUGAUUACCCAUUUAGUUGGUUUAAAAUUGGUUGAACUAACAGUCGUUGCUCAAUAAUUACUUGUAGAAUACAGGAUGAUAUCUAAUUUUGAUAAGUGGAUAGGAUCCUGUUUCAAAUGCAGUGUUCUUAGGAUUUGUGUCGUUCAUUUGGUUGUUUGAUACAUGCAUGUAAGGAAGUGAUUUGAACCUUGCUUUGGGUUUUCUGGGUAUGAUAACAAAAGGAAGUAGAUGAGAAUACGGAUGCAUGCAUUUGGGGAGUUUAGGUGAAAUGGGGUUCUGUUGGAUGGAAGUUUAGGUUAGUAAUGGCUGUAUGCUGCUGGACGGAUUUACUAGGAACUUGUUCUCGUAUAAUCGUUCAUGUGGAAAUACCAAAUCAGGAAUAUUUCUGUUCAGAAUGGGUACCUUGUCUUAUAUAGGAGAAGAGGAUGUAGUUCAAGCAAAAGAAUGCUUGGGAUGAAACCAAAUAUGUAAUGCCGUCAUGCUGGUUAUUUAAGUUAAGUUUUGCAUUAUUCAAAUGAAUUGCUUAUAGGAUGUGGGAUCAGAUAAUAGAAGCUUUAAGUCCUAUGGAAUAUAAACUAGAUGAAAAGUUUAUGUUAGCAGUAGCAAAUGCAUAUGCUUUAAGCUACUUUUCUUUUGCGAGUUUCACUAAUUUUGAACUUAUGGAAUAAUAUUAUGUUUCAGCAAUGCUUAAUUUACAGAAGAAACUUGCGUUUUUUUUUUUUUUCUUAAUGUAUGUAAAAUUCAUUAAACAUGAGCUUGUUAUCAUUACUGGAUUUUUAGAUUUUGCUUAAACUUUACACAUUGGAUAAAGCACUUUGCAAUAUUCCACUUCAAUAAAACUUGAGACAUAUAAUAUUUAAAGUACAUUUCUUUUUUUCAUGAGCAUCUAAUUUGUUGAUGAAAAUCUAGUUUCUUACAACUGUUGGUGAUGGAAGAAAAUGUGGACCCUGAACACCGGAUGACUUUUGAAGAAAAUUUUCCACAAAGCAUGCAGAUUGAUCCCAAAAGAGCACGGUUUCCCUACUGCGUCGUCUGGACGCCCCUUCCUGUAAUAUCAUGGCUGAUUCCUUUCAUUGGCCAUAUUGGCAUAUGUAGAGAGGAUGGAGUGAUCCUGGACUUUGCAGGGCCUAAUUUUGUGUGUGUUGACAAUUUUGCAUUUGGUGCUGUGACUCGCUACAUCCAGAUAAACAAAGAGAAGGAAUGUUCCAUUUCUCUCCAUCCAUCUGCAUUCAAAAGUGAGGAUGAGUACAACCGUGAUCCAACUCAAAGAGAGACAUUUACUUGGGAUGAUGCAUUACGAAAGAGCACACAGGAAUUUCAACAUCACUCGUACAGUCUCUUUAAUUGCAAUUGCCACUCUUUUGUUGCCAACAACCUAAACCGAUUGGGUUAUCAUUCUGGUGGGUGGAAUGUGGUGAACCUUGCUGCUUUGAUGUUCAUCAAAGGUCAUUGGGUCAGUACAGGAUCAAUGGUGCGAUCUUACUUACCAUUUGUCAUUGUAUGUGGUAUGGGAAUGAUAUUUGGUGGCCUGACCUUUCUAAAGUUUUUGGCCUUCUUCACCUUCCUGCUUGUAGGUUGGUUUAUUCUUGGUACCUAUUGUUUUAAGAAUUUGAUCCGGUUGUAGCCUUUCUGUUAUUUGAUCUUCUUUCUGUAUAAGAAUGUCCAUGAUCAUACUUUUAGUUCAGGUGUAUACACAAUAGAAACUAUGAAUACUAUGCUCUAGUUUCUUCGGUGGAAAA